AUGGAUAUGCCUGUUGGAUUUAUUGGUUUAAUCGAAGAGGUUGAACAUUCUCAAGUCUCAGCAUUUUGUAGUGAUUUCCAUUUGGAUGUUCUUGAUACUGUUGAAUUCGGUGGUUUUUUGUUCAUUGCCUUUUUUGAUUUAUCUGAAAUGCUGGAUUGUUACAUAUUUUGCCGCCUGAACGGAUUUAUUUGCCACAUGUUCAUUGGUUGUUCUUCAGCCUUACUUUGUGGAUCAAAUGAGAAACUGAAAAGAAAAAAAUGUUUGUUAAAGAAGUUUGAAACAGAUCUUUCAAAAGCAUUAUUAGAAUAUAGUGAUACAAGAAUCAUAGAGGAUAAAAGUUUUCCCGGCAUUAAAAAGGAAGAUGUUAAUCCAGGUUGUAGUUCUAUACAAAAUGAUAUUUCUAUUACAAGCCAUUUAGAGGAUAACAUUGGAGAUGAUGUUUGUAAGAAGGAUAAUAUUGAAGAUGAUGAUUGUAUGAAGGAUAACAUUGAAGAUGAUUGUAAGAAGGAUAACAUUGAAGAUGAUGUUUGUAAGAAGGAUAAUAUUGAAGAUGAUGAUUGUAUGAAGGAUAACAUUGAAGAUGAUGAUUGUAUAAAGGAUAACAUUGAAGAUGAUGAUUGUAUAAAGGAUAACAUUGGAGAUGAUGUUUGUAAGAAGGAUGAUAUUGAAGAUGAUGAUUGUAUGAAGGAUAACAUUGAAGAUGAUGAUUGUAUAAAGGAUAACAUUGAAGAUGAUGAUUGUAUAAAGGAUAACAUUGGAGAUGAUGUUUGUAAGAAGGAUAAUAUUGAAGAUGAUGAUUGUAUGAAGGAUAACAUUGUGAAGAUGAUGAUUGAUAACAUUGAAGAUGAUGAUUGUAAGAAGGAUAACAUUGAUGAUGAUGUUUGUAAGAAGGAUAACAUUGGAGAUGAUGAUUGUAAGAAAGAUAACAUUGAUGAUGAUGAUUGUAAGAAGGAUAACAUUGAAGAUGAUGAUUGUAAGAAGGAUAACAUUGAAGAUGAUGAUUGUAAGAAGGAUAACAUUAAAGAUGAUGAUUGUAAGAAGGAUAACAUUGAUGAUGAUGAUUGUAAGAAGGAUAACACUAAAGAUGAUGAUUGUAAGAAGGACAACAUUAAAGAUGAUGAUUGUAAGAAGGAUAACAUUAAAGAUGAUGAUUGUAAGAAGGAUAACAUUGAUGAUGAUGAUUGUAAGAAGGAUAACAUUAAAGAUGAUGAUUGUAAGAAGGAUAACAUUAAAGAUGAUGUUUGUAAGAAGGAUAACAUUAAAGAAGAUGAUUGUAUGAAGGAUAAAAUCGAAGAUGAUGUUUGUAAGAAGGAUAACAUUGAAGAUGAUGAAUGUAUGAAGGAUAACACUUUGCCUGGCAUUCAUUAA